GUGCCAUUCUGCUGCUUCCCCAGCUGGGUAACAGGGGCUGGGAGAGGGCAGAAAUCUUUCCUUCAACUCUAGAAGCUGAGCCCUGUACCCAAAAAGAUGUACUGGCAGCUUUCCUUUGGUGCCUGUAGCAAGGAAACACAAUUGUCUGUUACAGUGGGAACAACAAAGGUGACACAUUUCCUACUUCUUUUUAAUGAGGAUAAGCGACCUUUAACCGCUCUUAUCAGCUUAACCCUGACAAGUUGUGCAAAUGAACAUGCUGAUUCGUGUUCUGACUCAUCCCCACCCAACUCUGGUGUUUACUUCAGAGUGUAUUUCUUCCUUCAACACAGCAUCCAGUGGACUGUAUUUCCUGUAGAGAAAAAGGAGUAACCCUCAAUUUAGAAGAGAAAAAUGAAGCCAAUGUGGAACUCAACCAGGAAGGAUUCCCCUUGAGGAGACAUUUCUUUUGAUGCCCUUGCUCUCAGCGCUGGGAGUUGAAGCCUGCACUGCAAUGUGGUGGUUUCAGCAAGGCCUCUCCAUCUUGCCUGCAGCUUUGGUUGUUUGGUCAGCUGCAUCUUUUGUCUUUUCAUACAUCACUGCAACCAUCCUGCACCACGUUGACCCUCUGGUGCCCUACAUCAGUGACACAGGGACAACACCCCCUGAAAGAUGCUUAUUUGGGAUCAUGUUAAAUGUCUCGACUUUCUUGGGAGUGGCCACCAUGUACGUCCGCUACAAACAGGUUGAUGCCUUGAAUCCAGAGAAACCCAAUGUCAUCAAGCUGAACAAGCUGGGCCUCACGCUGGGACUCAUGAGCUGUUUUGGACUUUGCAUUAUUGCAAACUUCCAGAAAUGCAUCCUGUACUACAUCCAUGUGGUUGGAGCCUGCCUGACCUUCGGAGUAGGGGCCAUUUAUAUGCUGGUCCAGACUGUCCUGUCCUACCUGAUGCAGCCAGAACUUCACAGCAAAGACAUCUUCUGGAUCCGCCUGAGCGUCUUGCUCUGGUGCUGCUCCAGCAUCCUGAGCAUGUUUGUUUCCUCAGUUGUCUUGUACAGCGGCCUGUACGGAACAAACCUCGUGCAGAAACUGCACUGGGACCCACAGGAGAAGGGUCAAGAAGAGCUUCUAACUGAUGGGAUCUUCCCCCUCUUACCCAGGGCUACACAGCUCAUCUCAUCAGCACCAUCUCAGAGUGGUCCUUGGCGUUCUCCUUCCUCAGCUUCUUCCUCACCUACAUCCGUGACUUCCAGUUUGCAGGGACAGACCCUUUACGACACCCCCCUGAUCUUUGGCAGCGAGGAGCAGACGCUGCUGGUGGCAGGGAGCAUCUGAUGAAGGCAAAGGGAACGUGUCCUCAGCAUCACUCAGGAACUCAGGAGCAAUAAUGGUCCAUAUUUCUAACCAUUUUAUAUUCAAAAUGAAGUGAUUGUGUUGUACUUGACCUGAAGGGCUUUGCCAUUAACCUGCACAGCAAUGCAAAUGUCAGUAUUGUCAACAAGCCUGACACAUUUCUGCACAUGCCACUGUCACACAUGAAUUAAAUGAAGGUCGUUAAUGAGUUGUGUCUCUCAGGGGCCUCUUUCAACUUUGCACUGACGUUGUUCCAAGACUGAGACUCGGCAAGAACUAUGACCAGCACCCUGGAUAGAGAGAGAAAGGUGCUUUGUUUUGCUUCAGCAAGUCAGGAUUCAACAUCAUGGUUUAAAGAAAAAUACUCUUCCUCCACAGCUGAACCUCAACGUUCCACAGCUGGCAGAGGCCUUAUAAAAGCUCAACAAGAAUAACAAGAGACACAUAUGCAGGUAACAGUCAGCAAGAGCUUCUACUGCUUCUGUCUUUGCAUCUCUAAGAGGUUUUGUAUACAUUGUUAUUGCCUCAAGUCUAAUUCCCAGGUCAUUUCAAUAGCAUUUAUUCAACACCAACCAUUGACUUUUUAUGACAGUUCUCAGGAAUUCACAGAAGUUCUCAUGCACAGCAGGAAAAUGAAGGAAAAAGAAAUGUCUUUGUACAGCUGGGAGCUGCAAUUUACAUCCUGCUUCUAAGAGACAGGCCAUCAACUCCAAAGUGGGAAUGUUUAUUAGUUUGGAUUAAUACAGAAACCCCUCAAUUGAAAAUACAGGGACACAUUAAUAAAAAAGCCUCUCUGCAUCCUCUGAGAUAUUUCUAUAUAUUUAUACAUAUCUAUAAUGUCACAAAAGCAGGAUUUGACGGUCCAAGUCUUUUAUUUCUGGUGUUUAACAAGAAACCCUUCGUACUUCUCUAAAUUACACAAACCCUGUGAGUUUCCUUUGGAUCUUCCAUCUCCCAGAAAUACCUGUGUGUGUCUGAGGAAGGGAUUUCUUCCUGAAGUCACUGAGCCACAGCUGAACAGGAGGCAGAGCCCCAGCACCUCAGCUCUGCUGCAUCCUCCGGCGCAUCUCUUCCAGCGCCGCUUCGCGCUCCCUCAACAGCUGCUUCAGGCGUUUGAUCUUUUCAUCCCGGAUCGUUUCAUCCAGGUCUGGGGGAGUCAAAGGGAAAGUAUCAUCCCUGAAAGAACCUUCCAGAAAUGAAGAGUUAUCUUCAGAAGACACUAAAACAGGGAUGUCUGAGUCUGUCAGGUCACUGGAUUGGGAGUAGGGGUCUUGCUCAGAGGCCUGCCCCAGAGGCGACGCCGCGCAGUCUGUGGGAAUGUUGUGCUGUGGUGACAGGGCUGGGGGGGGUGAGACACUUCUGCUGGCUACACUGCAGCUGGAGCUGCUGUCUUCUGAACUUGGGCUUGGGGUUGAUUGGACUGAAGUUCUCCUUCUCUUUCCACUGUGUGACUGUGAGGAGGAUUUUACUCUUCUUUUCUUAGUCAAAUCCUCUUCCAGACCCACAAUCAUCUGUACGGCCAAGAAACACACAAGACAAACUCCUGUUAAACUCAGCAGCACUCUACAUGACAACACCACAGUUCCCCAAGCAAAAGUGACAAGUUCUUUGUUGCAGGCUUCUUAGGAUCCCUACAUGGCAGCUGUUUCUUUUAGCAAUUGGAGCAAACAGACAAUUCCAGGACAUUUAAUUCCUUCCUGGGUCAACAGGGUGCUCCUGCCUGUCCUGCUCACACCUAGCAUCUCCUGCUGCUGCCCAGGCUCUUUAGUAGUGCCAGACACACAAAUUUCUGCUUGACAGGAAAAAUCAAAAGGUACAAGAACUCUUUGUGCUUCUUCCAUUUCCAAAAAGCUCCAACAUGAGCAACAGGGUCCGUUGCAAGUCUGGAUUCCUCCCAGCUGAUUCCUUAUUGAACUGUUGCGAGUAGUUGGACUCGAUCUUAAAGGUCUUUUCCAACUGUAAUGAUUCUACAUCCCUUCCCAAGAGCAGCCAGUAGUUCUGCUCAAGGCAGGGCUCUUAUCCAGAACUAUUAAAACCUGGGAAAGCCUUUGACUGGGUAAAGUAGAAUCAUACAGAAGAAAAUGUAGAGUGCUACAGGUGACCAGAAGCACUUUGGAAGGGUGGAAUGAUGGGAACGUGUUAAGUUCCCACAGCGAGGGAACCUUUCCAGAGCACCUCAGGAAGUUCCUAGUUACUGACAAAGGACCAACCUGAGAAAAGAACAUUUGCAACUGUAAAGUUCAGACAGCUGACAGGUAAGUUUCCAUAAACCCAGCAGUGACUAAGUGGAUGCCUCUCUCUGGAAGCUGACCUAGCGAUGGAAGCGACUGAAGUGCAGCGACAGCACGUGACUGACUCCACACUGCGGGGUAAAGCCUCACGAGAAAUUAUUCUUCUUACUCUGCUUGUGUCUGUUGCACUACUGGAUAAACAGAAUUGUUUGCAGAAGACUAAAUCUAAAGCAGGAUACAGAGGAGUGGUUUGCAUGCCAUGGACUGUCCCUUUGACUGUUCAGCCACUACUGAGGGUCCAGGCCUUUCAAAGCAUCUGUUCUUCACAUUUCCUCCAAUGGAACCCAGAAAAGAACACAAAAAACUCUCCUCUGUUACUCAAGCCAUCCUGACAUCACACAGCUCUGCUGGGGGACACAAACAACCCCUAGGAACCCUCCUCACAGGGAGCAUAACUUCAUUCAGCAUGACUGACUUGCCAUGCUGAAUCCAGACGUGGGAGGGCCCAAAUCACACCGAGCUCUGGACCAACCACACAUCUGCUGCUCUCUCAGCGUGCUGCACAACACAUUUUAGCACUGAAAAAAUGUCAAGGUACCUUUUCCUCCUUAAUACACUCCUGAUGUUGAUUUGGUAUCUCCACAUCUAAUGGUGAACUGUAAGAAUCAUUCUUCCUUUUCAAGCUGUUACUGGAACAAACCCUUUCUUCUGCUUUCUCAACAGAGGCCUUUGAUGGUAUUCUCCUAAGGUACACUCUCUCCUCCUUAGACAGACCAAAUUUCUUCCUUAACUCCAAGUAUUGUUUCCAAUGUGGCUUCUCUUCCUGUCUGAUUUGAACUUUUCCAGGUGAAUUCAUCGUUUCACAUUGGAUCUGAAAUACAGAAACAGUGAGAGCACCAUCAAUCUCUCUCUCUCCCUUUCCCUCUCCAUACAGCCAAACUGUGUGUUCACACAGAGAUGCACAUUUGUUUUGUCUCCCAUUCUCCAAGAGUCACAUUUCACACAAGUGAGCCAACCUGGAGAUGUUCUACACCUAUCCUCCUAGGUCUAACACUUCAGUUACUGCAAAGCCCAGGGACGUUGUGGAGCACCCAGGAAAUGCACAGGCCAACUAGCAAACCACAGAAGGAAAGGAAACAACAUGGCAACGGCCUGUUCUAAAGCUUCCAAGUAACAUGAGAAGGUGACCAAUGAUCAGAUGGUGUGUUUACAGCAUCCCUUUCAGACUGCUGAAUGCAUUUCCUGCGUGCACUGUGGCUGGUGACACUAAUGAAGCACUAUGAGCCACCUCAGAUCUCAAACCUCACUGUAACUGAGCUGUGUCUGAUCUUCAGUCUCACUUGAGGAGAUCUGAAAAUCCAGGGGGUUCCAAACUGAUGGACUAAGAGCAGCAAACAUUGGGUGUGCUGUUCUCCACAGAGGUCAAAGCAAAUGAGAAUACAUCACACAGCACUGAAGGGGAAAAAAGAGUCUAUUUUAACCAUUCUUCAGGUGAGGAACAAUCAAAAGAGAUGCUCUGUGGUCUGCUGCAAUGGCUGAGUGUCUACACACACUUAGCUGAUGUUUCUCUUCUGCCUGGUCAACACAACCAAGUGUAAACUAGCUUCAGAAUGAUGGGCUUUUUAUCUGGAGGCAAAUUCAUUCUGGCCUCUUGAGCAACUGCAAAUUUGAUCUACCAUCUCUCAUGGGCAGAGUUUGGGGGAUUUUAGGCAACGGGCUUCUUACAUAUUUCCAAUGUUCUGGUCUUAAAAGAAUAUGUAGGUCCAGCCUGGAGGAGGAAAGCCAUUCAAGAUAUCAGGAGCUUCUUCUGCCUGACAUGAAACCAUGAGUCAAAGGAGGUGGAUCCCUCCAUCAUAGCACCAGAGGAAGGAAAUGCAGCUCCUGCCUUUGGCUGGCUGGGCUGGCAGAGAUAUGCUGACUUAUUGCAACAUCAGAAUUUGUCUCUGGAUGACAAACCCUGCUCCUCCACCUUGUUCUCCUCUUGUGUAGCUGCUUCUCCAGCUUACAUCACACAACAGUCAAUGGCUGUGCUGGGAGAAGGUGGCAUCAACACCAUCAGAAUGCAGCUAUCUUCCUGAGCUCAGAGAACAAAUGACUUCCCUACAGUCCCAGUCGUUACCAGCAAUUUAUCCUGGGAGGAAAUAAAAAGUCAUCUUUUCCCUGUC